AUGCAUUUCUCUACUAUCUUCACUACUAUUGUCGCCGCUGGCAUGGCUUCUGCCGCCUCUGACAAAAUCGUUGAGGUCACUGAAUACAACGCCGUUGCCCUCCACGGCAACAAAGAAACCAACAACGCCGCUCUCCAAGCCUCUAACGGUCGCUUCGCCCUCAAGCUCAAGAACCAGCACGCCGCUUGCAACCGCGGCGUGACUGAGAACGAGGUCACAUUCAACAUCAACAAAGACGGCGAGCUCAGCCUCUACACCUGGGGUAACAACCCCCAGGUCGCAUACGUCGACCGCUCCGGCAUGGGCCAGGGCAUCCUCGCUUAUGCCACCUACGGAGAUAAGGGCUUCAACUACCCCAAGAACGCCGAGACCAAGGGCUGGAAGGUCGCUAAGAACGGAGAUCUCACUUUCGGUGGUAAGGGUUUCCUCGCUUGCCCUAACAGUAAGAAGGCUGGCGGCUCUUACACCCUCUGGGCCGAUGUUGGCAUUAAGAACCCUGGUGGCAACAAGAAUUGUCAGGCUAUUACUGUACGCGCUACUAAGGACAAGAACCCCGUUUCCUGUGUCUACUCUGCCUAA